GAGCGGAAGUGUGUUCCUUGUCGCCUUUCUUGUGAUUGGCUGCCAGAAAUCCUCGUCUUUGGUUGGCUUGAAUCGUACAUAUCCCAUGAUGCAGCGGGGCGCUUCUUCCUUUCUUUUCCGGCCAUUUUCUCCCCGUAGAGGGAUAAAGUAGCCAUGGCCCCCAGCCGGAAUGGCAUGAUCUUGAAGCCUCACUUUCAUAAGGACUGGCAGAGGAGAGUCACUACCUGGUUUAACCAGCCUGCUAGAAAGAUCCGCAGACGCAAGGCACGACAGGUCAAAGCACGGUUGGUUGCCCCGCGGCCUGUUUCCGGUCCAGUCAGACCGGUGGUCAGAUGUCCUACUGUCAGAUACCACACCAAGGUGCGAGCAGGCAGAGGCUUCAGCUUAGAAGAGUUAAAGGCCGCUGGCAUCAACAAGAAAGUUGCCCGUACCAUUGGUAUUGCUGUUGACCCAAGACGCCGCAACAAAUCUACAGAGGGAUUGCAAACAAAUGUCCAGAGGCUGAAGGAGUACCGCUCCAAACUGAUCAUCUUCCCACGCAAACCAUCUGCUCCCAAGAAGGGAGACAGCACGGCUGAAGAGUUGAAACUGGCUACUCAGUUGAAGGGAACAGUCAUGCCAAUCCGCAGCGUGUACAAGAAAGAGAAGGCCAGAGUCAUCACUGAAGAAGAGAAGAACUUCAAAGCCUUUGCAAGUCUGCGUAUGGCACGCGCCAAUGCCCGGCUCUUCGGGAUCCGUGCCAAGAAAGCCAAAGAGGCUGCAGAACAGGAUGUGGAUAAGAAAAAAUAGUUUUUCCAGAACUGUUAAUAAAUUCCAAACUUGGUGUAAAA